AUGGUGGACAAAUAUUUCACUUCUCAUAAAUUAUCCAAGAGUGUCAAUGGGAAGAUGGUUAGCUCAAUUAUCUUGGAUAGUAAAUUUUGGCAAGAUUGUGUUACUACUGUGAAAAUUGUUGGUCCUCUUAUUAAGUUAUUGAGGGUUAUUGAUGCUGAUGAGAAACCUUCUCUCGGAUACGUGUAUGAAGGCAUGCAAAGAGCCAAAAGUGCUAUCAAGACAACGUUUAGAAAUAGAAAAACUGCAUACACACUUUAUACAAGUAUCUUGAAAAUGCGGUGGGAUAAGCAUUUGAAGCGUGAUCUCCAUGCAGCAGCUUACUUUUUGAAUCCAGCUUUCUUCUAUAGUGAGGGUUUUGUUGAGAAGUUGUAUCGAGAUCGAAAAGAAAGUUUUGGAAGGGAAAGUGCUUUGAGAGCGAUAAAGAGACUUGAACCUGGUGAAUGCUGGAGGCUACCUGGUGGGAGUGCUCCUUGCAAAAAAUGGCUAUUCAUCUUCUUCAUCAAACAUCUUCUUCAUCCGAUCUGGAUGUUACAUCAUAAGAAGAAGAAGUAUGAUCCAAUUGAUAUUCAAAGCAUUGACACAGUAGACUUUUGGAUAAUGACAGAUGAAGAUGAUCCUGAGUUUACUAAUGGAGACAUUAAAGGCAUUGAAAGUUUAAAAUACACAGAUAAUGCUAUGCCUUCAUAUCCUAAAGAUGGAGGAGAUUUGGAAGUUGGUGUGAAUAUGCCUGAUGUUGUCACUAAUUCUUCAAAUACGGCUUCUUUUGGUGGUACUUCUGAAGAUGGUGGCUUUAGAUUACCUGUUUAUGAUAGAGAUAUUUGA